AAGACAUAAGACUUGGUGAUUUUGGGUUAUCAAAGUCAGUUGCUGAUGGUACAACACAACUUUCCAAAGGAUUUGGCUCUUUAAAAUACUCUGACCCUGAAUAUUUAAAUGAUAUUAAAAACUAUAUACGAACAAAAGCAUCUGAUGUAUAUAGUGUAGGUGUCCUAAUGUGGCAGAUAUCUAGUGGAAGGAUACCAUUUGAAAAUUCAUCAUAUAAUUGUUUAGAUCUUAUGUUAGAAAUUGUUAAAGGAGCACGAGAAACAAUAAUUCCAGGGACACCUAAACCUUAUAUUGAACUGUAUACAGCAUGUUGGCAAGCCAAUCCUGGAAAACGUCCACAAAUAUCUCAAGUAACUGAGGUUUUAGAAAAAAUUGUCAUUGGCAAUACAAUACAAAAGGCUGCUAACAUUACUUUAUCAGAAA